CCCAUUGCCACUAAAACACCCCAAAUCUCUCUCUCUCCCUCAUCAUUGUCAUUUACCACCCCCCAAAUGGGCAAAAACUUAGGGUUCUUACUGGCCUUCACAGGCCUUCUCAUCAGCUCAGCAGUUGCAGAUUGGAACAUUUUGAGGCCAUGGAAGAGCAGCUUGGUGCAAGAGGGCUUGAAAAAUUAUUGUGAGAGUUGGAGGAUCAAUGUGGAGCUAAACAACAUCAAGGGCUUUGAUGUUGUGCCCCAAGAAUGUGUGGAGUUUGUGGGUAAAUACAUGACUUCUUCUCAGUAUAAGGCUGAUAUUGAGAGGGCAGUUGAAGAGAGUGUGCUUUAUCUAAGUAAGGGUUGUUGCAGCUUAAAGGGUGAUGAUAAAGACGCAUGGAUCUUUGAUAUUGAUGAUACUCUUGUGUCCAUUGUGCCUUACUAUAAGAAGCAUCAUUUUGGGGGAGAGAAGUUGAAUGUGACCUCCUUGGAAGAAUGGAUGAGGAAGAAUAGGGCACCAGCCCUUAGGGAGACACUAAGAUUCUUCAAUGACAUCAGGGGAAGAGGCUUCAAGAUCUUCUUGAUAUCUUCAAGAAGGGAAUGCCUUAGAUCUUCCACUGCUGAUAACCUCAUUAAGGUUGGAUACCAUGGUUGGACCAGGCUCAUUUUAAGGAAAGAAGCAGAUGAAUUGAUGGAAGUGCAAAAAUACAAGGCAAAAGCGAGGCAAGGGUUGGUGAAGGAAGGGUAUCGCAUAUGGGGCAUAGUUGGAGACCAGUGGAGCAGCUUUGAGGGGACUCCCUCCGCAAAAAGAACAUUCAAGCUUCCCAAUCCCUUAUACUAUGUUUCCUAAUAACCUUCUCAUUAUGUGGACUCCAUUUACUUGUCUUUAUUCUCCUUGUCUUCCAUGGAUGUUGUGCAUGUCUACUUGUCUACUAUCGUUGUCAAUACAAUACUUUGAAAAAUUAAUUUUCUAGGAUUCCAAACAUCCACUAAACCUA